AGAGCGUUGUGGGUCUGUUCUGGAGGCCACGGGGAGCCAGCGCAGCGCCAGCGGGGGCGCCUCAGACGCGGCUUUAAGGAAAGUCACUGGCGGAUGGGCGGAGGGCGGGUCGGAGUGGCGAGUAGGCCGCAGAGAGUGCAGUAAUGGGGCGCGAGGGGGCAGCCAGACAGCAAAUCCUGUACCGCCCCCGAACUCGGGAGGACCCGAGUUCGAAUCCGGCCUCAGACGCUUCCGUGUGAGACUCUGGGCAAGUCGCUUAACGCAAAGGCCUCGGCAGAAAACCAAGAUAGUAAUUACUAUCAUAAACAAAUGAUGGAAGGUGGGGGGUGGUGAGCAGUGAAAGGGAGACGGGUGGGACGCGGCAAGGGGAGAGAUGGGGAUCCAGGACGACUCCGAGAGUGCGCGUCUGAGGGACUGGGGGGAGGCGCCGUCCUCUAGGAACAGGGCGAGGGGGAGGGGGAGGAAGGCCGUGGGGGAGAGAUGAUGGACGUGUUGCAUUUAGGGUGUUGGGAAUGGCCGGAGGCAGCUGGACGGGCAAAUGUAGCAGAGAGACGGGGGCAGGGGGAGAGAUCCCCUACUCCUCCGCAGGGAGACGUAACGAAGCCCCCGGGAGUGGCUGGGACCCCCAAGCAAAGCGGCACCGGGAGAAGCCCCGGAGAGACCCCGAGGAGAUCCCCAGGUCUGGAAGAGGACCCGGCGGUCGGAGCGGAGCCAGGAGGAAACAACGUCCCCGACGUCGAAGCCUUCUCGAGGAGUUCGGCCCCCAAAGGCCGAGGAGAAAGGAUUUCAUCAGCCAACCCCGUGUGCCAAAGACAUUUAAGAAAUACCCGCGGGCCGAGAAUCUUUGUCCCUUUGUCGCAAGCCGGUUGCAAGCUGUGAUUUAUGAGAUCCCUCAACAGGAGCUUCAACUACCGGGAGAUACAUUAGCUGUCGUUAUUCACCCAUUCCCGACUUUCGCGAUGCUCUUUGGGGUUUCCUCGGCAAUUUGGUCGGCCGUUUCCUUCUCCAGCCCCUUUUAUAGUCGGGGAAACCGAGGCAGAAUGGGUGGAGUGACUUGUCCGGCUUCUGAUUCCAGCCCUGACACGCAGCCACCUGACCACCCAGCUGCCCUAGCUGCAGCAUUCGGGGUGAAAGUUCACUUAAAAGGUUGCAUUGAAACUCACAACUUCUGUCAUACCCUGGGAGAAUUAUUUUUUCUUUUUUUUUUAAAUUAACCGUUAUUUAAUUGAAUUGAACCCAGGCAUUUUGAAGAAGAGGGCCAUUCUCUUCUCUUUUUUUGUUUUUUAAUUAUAGCUUUUUACUUGCAAGGUAUAU